UUGUUCAGCGUAAAAUUGAAAGAAAGAGAUUAAAUAGUCUCAAUAAUGUGAAUUCCGUUUAAUCUUUCAGAAAAAUGUGUGAUACAUCCCAAAAAAUGAAAGAUACUAGUGUCAAAAGCAAUGUGAAAAAUGAAGCAUUGGAAAAAAAAAGUGUUAAUAAGAAAGAGUCUACAUUAAAGAGUACAAACGAAGAUGUACAACGUGCAAUUGAAGGCUUAAAAGAAAUUCCGGAUGAAGAACUUCAAGAGUUCCUUGACGAUGAAGAUUUCAUGGAAGGCUUAGAUGUUGUUGAUGCUUGGGAAGGUGAUGAAGAAAAAGGUCGUGAAGUUGAUCCUAAAUCCUCUCAUACCAAGGAACAAGAACAGAAACGUCUUUCUAGGGACAGGCAUCGUCGUGACCACAAAGGAUCGAAUAAUCGUGAAAGAGCAAAGAGAGAAGAGAAGAAACAUGAAGAAACACGACGUGAUCCUUCCAAAAGCACAAAAGACAUAGAGAGGGAUAAAAUACGUACAAAAAGGGACAAUGAAAGUAAACUUUUGGCAGAGAAGGAGAAAGCUAUUAAGCAUCUGUUAGAUUCUGACAAUGUUGUACCUCCGGGUACAGAAGUUGAAGCCAUUCAAAGCAUUGCAGAGAAACAGAGUUUAGAGCAGGCACAGAUGCAUGUCCAUAGAAACCGUGAACGACGUAGAAGUCUUGAGCGUCAAGGUGGAAAUUCGUUACGACGUAGAACUCCGGAUAGGAUUAGAUUAAAUUCUUUAAAUUCUCCUCGUCGAAAGUCACCGUUGUUGAUGACACCAGAACGUUGUAGAAGUCCUUUCAAGAUGAACAUCGAGAAACAUCGAAGUCCAAUGCGGUUCAGUCCCGAGAAAAGAAGAAGCCCAAGAUUUAACUGCGUCCGGAGAAGUCCAUUUGGAUUCAGCCCGGAUCGACGAAGAAGCCCCGUCAGACGACUAAGUUGGGAACGAAGAACAAGUGCGGAUAGAAGAUGGAGCGCUGAACGACACAGAAGACGUACGAAUAUACACGAACGCCGAAGAAGUCGAUCACGGGAUCGACAACGAAGCCGCAGUGUGGAACGCAUUAGGAGAAAAGUCAGCCGUUCACCGAUUAGACGUUAUAGUCCUCGACGUCGAAGUCGAAGUCGAAGUAGAUCGGUAGAACGUCGUACAAGGAAGCGGUCACCUUUUAUCAAUGAACUUACGAGACAACUAAGGAACGAAGCAAUAGUUACAUCACAUAUAAAUACUGGUUAUGCGCCACCCCAACCGAUGGAUGGCAUACCACCGUUGAUAAAUCCCGUUCCAUAUCCACAAGAUGCUGAGCCAAGACCACCAUUGCCAAUGGCACCUUAUAUGCAUCAAUCUGGAUUGCCACCGCCGCCGCCACCAAUGUCGUCGGGUGGCCCGCCGUUCAUAAAUUUUGAAAAUGCACCUCAACCGAUGAAUUUUGAUCCUGUACCGUUACUACCACUACCUCAAACUGAAUACGUUUCCGGGCCAGUAAUGUACAAUCAACCAAAUACGGGUUCGAUUCAUCCUCCUCAUCGACCACCGCUUCUUCCGGCACCAGAUAAAAUCUCUCCGAACUACAGGGAACAGCGUAGCUUUCGAGAUUCCUAUAAUGGAUAUCACCUCACAAAUGAAGAACGACUAAAGACACCUGAACCACCAGUCAUCUCUGAUACAAAACAAUUUGAAAAGACGAGUUUAUCCAGUCUAUUGGAAGCAUCUGUUUCCGCAAAAGAUUCAGCUAGUCUACCAGUCUUAUAUCCAGGAUUCAAACCCGAAAUAAUGCGCCACUGUGAACACGCUCUGCGCGAACUUCCUACCGAAGACCCUCGUUUAAAGAUGAAAGGGCGAUUUUUCUACGAUCCCUCGAAGGAGAGUGUACAGAACGAGAAAGAAGAAUAUUCGUCGAAUUCUAUACUUUUGCAAAGAAGCAAAAGCAAAAUAUGCUGGGAAGAGGAGGAAGGACAUCACCAUACCCCGGUGAAACCUAACGUACAGAUGCAUCAAAAGAUUUGUCAGACUGACGAGGUAGAGACAAGCGCGAAGUUUGUUCAAGCAACUGUCACCAUGGUGGAUUUCGAAAUGCAAGUUUAUCCGCAACAUCUACAACAAGCUAAUAAAGAGGAGAAAAAACCAAUCAUGGAUCGUCUGGAUUGGAACGUGCGCGAAACAUUCGAUUGCACACCUAAAUAUCGAGAAGCGGACGAUUUGAGGUGGAGUUUAAGUAAUUCCUCUCAAAAACGAACUUGGAACAGAACAGCAUCUCCACCCAGACGAAACGAUGAUCGUGAUCACGUCGAUUCCGUGUCUUCUAUGGAUCAUAAUCCGAGAAACUUGAAACUGGGAUCCCCGAUAAGGAACAGGGAUAAUUUUUCCAGCCAUAAGGGAUCCAUGCGAGAUCAUUAUAGUCGUGAUAGAUACUCGCCCAAUUACAGGCACUCUUUAAACGAACGUGAUGAGUUCCAUGAUAAUAGAAGCGAUCAUAGUCGUGGCGAAAGUCCUAUGAUAUUAGAAGAUUCGGCGGAAGAAUUAGAAUUGGAGCAUACAUUCCAAAGAGGUUCGGAUUGGCAUGGAAGAGGAAAAAUUAUAAGAGGUAGAUCAAGCCCCCUGGUAAAACCGCAUAUAUACAGAGGAAAGCAUUCAGGAGGGAGACCUUAUCGUGGCCGUGGCGGAUAUCGUGGAAAAUUCUAAAAUGAUUUGUGUAAAGCACAAAUUUACAACAUUGUAGAAUUAU